CGUCCGGACUGGAACAACACGGAUGUGUUAUCUGACAGCUGAGAGCAGAGUGCAACUCAAACGCUCCGUGUGCAGCUGCGUAACCUCUCACGUUAAACCGGUGUGUUUCUUUGUCGUCCUAAUGCACAGAAUAAAGAUCCUUUCGGGCCACCUGUGUCCCCCCGGGUCCUCUGAACACACACGGGACUUAUGGAGGUCGGACUGCGGCUGCGCGGCCAGCAGCAGCCCGGAGGACGUGGUGGUGGUCCACGGCCGGAGGACCGCCGUCGGGAAGGCGAGGAGAGGCGCGUUCAAGGACACCACUCCUGAUGAGCUGCUGAGUGCCGUGAUGACAGCUGUGCUGACCGAUGUUGGACUCUCACCUGACAAGCUGGGAGACGUGGCUGCAGGUAACGUGCUGCAGCCCGGCGCCGGCGCUCUGAUGGCCCGAGUGGCUCACUUCCUCAGCGGCUUCCCAGAGACCGUACCCGUCUACACCGUCAACCGGCAGUGCUCCUCUGGGCUGCAGGCGCUGUUUAACAUUGCAGGAGCUAUCAGGAGUGGAUCCAUUGACCUGGGCCUCGCGUGUGGCGUGGAGAGUAUGUCUCUGCGUUCCAUAGGAGAACCAGGAGAUCUGAGCUCCAGGCUGACGGACAACGACAAGGCCAGAGACUGCAUCAUCCCCAUGGGCAUCACCUCGGAGAACGUGGCAGAGAAAUUUGGCGUCUCCAGAGAAAAGCAGGACGCCUUCGCUCUCAGUUCUCAGCAAAAAGCGGCGCGGGCGCAGGACACGGGCGCGUUUGAACGGGAGAUUGUUCCCGUCAGCACGCGGCUCGUGGACGCCGACGGUAGCGAGCGGCAGGUGACGGUGGACCGAGACGACGGCGUCAGAGCCGGGACCACGCUGGCCGGUCUGGGGAAACUCCGGCCGGCCUUCAAACCCGACGGCAGCACCACGGCAGGGAACUCCAGCCAGGUGAGUGACGGAGCAGCAGCCGUGCUGAUUGGCCGCAGGUCUGCGGUCGAGGUUCUGGGUCUGCCCGUCCUGGGAGUCCUGAGGGCCAGCGCGGUGGUGGGGGUCCCCCCGGAUCUGAUGGGGAUUGGACCGGCGGUCGCCAUCCCCGUAGCUCUGCAGCAGGCCGGACUAACGGUGGCCGAUAUCGACGUGUUUGAAAUCAACGAGGCCUUCGCCAGCCAGGCGGUGUACUGCGUAGAGAAGCUGGGGAUCCCGCUGGAGAAGGUGAAUCCCAACGGCGGAGCGAUCGCCCUGGGUCACCCUCUGGGCUGCACCGGGGCGCGCCAGGUGGUCACGCUGCUCAACGAGCUCCGACGCAGAGGCCGCAGGGCGUACGGCGUGGUGUCCAUGUGCAUCGGCACCGGGAUGGGAGCUGCCGCUGUGUUCGAGUACCCCGGACCGUAGGAACCAGAUCCAGACUCUGUCGGUCUCUCUCGGUGAUUCAAAGCCCCCCUUUCAGCCUGUCUUAAGAUCUCGUGAGAUUAGCUACAUUUCCAGCAGUCAUACGCACAAGAUCAGGAUGUUUGUAGUGCACCGUGGACAAUUAACAACUUUAGACAGUUUAAAUGCUUUUGCAAGCUGCCAGGGUUCAACGUUAAGGUUUUUCUUUUUUCCACUUGUCUGGUCGGGCAAGUGGAAAACAUUUCUACUUGCACCAAGGCAAUUAUUACUGGCUAUAUAUAUAUAUAUAUAUAUAUAUAUAUAUAUAUAUAUAUAUAUAUAUAUAUAUAUAAUACACAUCAAAAGCAUCGGGAAAAAACUUCGUUCGCUAAACCCACCAGACUCCAUGUAAAUAAUCAGUCAUUUUAGCAUCGUAAAAUACACUUAAUUCAAAGCAGACAGAAACGCAAUACAACUAUCAAAAGCUGUUGUGGGUCGUCUUUCCACUUUUUCAACCAUCACAAGUCUAGUUUUGGUUGAAAUAAACACAUAGUUUACAGAUUUACAUGUGGAGAUAUGCUGGUUCUAUA